UAUCAAAUAUCAACAUUUGUGUAAUUCGUCUUGUGACUUGUACUUAGAUUAAUAAUUGUACGUUUGGACUUCUAGAGUUAAAAAUUACUUGAAUUUUCAAACCGUUGGCGAGUGACAAGUUGAUAGUUUUUACAAUAGCACAACCACAGUCUAAAACCAUGUUGUCAAAACAGUUAUGGAGAUCGUUUGCUGCGAGGAACAAAAUCGCAAAUGGUUUAUUUAAGUACAAUGAAAUAAAAACUCAGUCAUCGUUGACUGUCACUCGAAAUGCAUCCAAUAAAAAUGAUAUUGAUGCAGAGUUAAACAAACCUGUGAAAUAUACGACAAGUCCUGCUCACGACUGGAAGGCACAGCAUUCUCGAAUUGGAAGCAAGGCUGAAUUUGGUCCAUGGUAUGAACCCCACGCCGUUAGUUUAAGCUUAAUUAUAUUUAUGAUAUAUUUUUUCAUAUUACGUGAAGAAAACGAUCUUGAUUUAUUGUUGGAUAAACCAUUGUCAGAAACAUUAAAAAAGGAGUAAAUGUUUUGUUAUUUUAGAAUUUUAUUAGGUAUCUAUGAAUACAUUUU